AUGGCCAGAUGGUCCGACAUGGACAGCGACGCCGAGAGGCUCCCGCCCGGUUUUCAACGCAUCGGCUACGACUCGGACACGCAAACAUACACGUUCCGCGACGACAAAGGCAACACCUAUGAAUCCGACCCCGGCAACCGCUAUGGCGAGCUGCAUCUCGUUGCCGAGCCCUCUCCUCAUGAGACGUACUUGGACGCACCCGGCCAACAUGGUCCACCCGCCAGCAACUUUGACGACAUGUUGCACGACCAGGAACGCGCCAUCAAAAAGCAAAACCGCGACGCCCUGCGCAUCAUGCUGCCUUUUGCCCUGCUCGUCCUUGUUUUUUUGAUCCUCGUCUUCAAGCUCGUGUACCGAAGCGACGACGGGCCCCCCAAAGACGACAUCCUGGACUGUGGCCCCGACACCCAGCAGCUGCUCAUUCAAAAGGGGGAUACAUGCUGGAAAUUUGCCCAAGCAUCUAGCAUCACGGUCCAAGAGUUGCUAGCCCUGCGCGGCAACGAGGCCCUGGACUGUCAUCGACUAGCCAUUGGCAAGCUCAUCUGUGUGCCCAGCUAG